AUGGAAGGGGAUGAAGAUGAAUUGGCUCUGCUGACCUCACUCCUGGAAGAGAAUGAGUCAGCCUUGGAUUAUCAUUCAGAAGAGAGCCACCCUUCCACCCAGGAUGAUGGUAAACCUGAUACAUUUGAUGAGCUCUUCGAUGCUGACGGUGACGGUGAAUCUUACACAGAGGAGGCUGAUGAUGGUGAAGUGGAAAAGACUCAAGACCAAAAAGAAAAUUUGGCUACUCUCUUUGGAGAUAUGGAGGACUUAUCAGAUGAAGAAGUUCCUGUAUUACAAUCAAUUGAAAACAAAGCCCUCCCUGCUCCUACUCCCAAUCAAGGGAAAACUAACCAAGAGUUACAAGAUGAGUUAAGGAAGUUGCAAGAGCAAAUGAAGUCCUUACAAGAGCAGCUAAAAAUGGCAACAAUUAAACAGCCUACAAGUCCAGCCUGUCCACAGAAAUCUGUAGAGAAGUCUCCACGCCCCCCUCUUAAGGAGAAGAAAGUUCGGAGAAUUCAGGAGUCGACUUGCUUUUCUGCAGAGCUUGAUGUCCCUCCUCUACCAAAAACCAAGAGAGUGGCUCGGACACCAAAAGUUUCACCUGCAGAGCCCAAAAGCUCACCUUCAAAGAUGAUAUGUGCACCUUCCCUGCCACUUCGAAUGACUCCUGGGAACAAACCUAGUUGGAUGACUAGAGAUCAGGGUGUGGGGGCCGCCAGGAAUUCUGGGGACAUAACUCAGCCAGUCUCUGUGGAAGCCUUCUCUGGCCUGAGGCUCAGACGGCCUCGGGUGUCCUCUACAGAAAUGAACAAGAAAAUGACAGGUCGAAAACUGAUCAGACUGUCUCAGCUUAAGGAAAAGAUGGCAAGUGAAAAGCUAGAAGAAGUAGACUGGGUAACAUUCGGGGUUAUAUUGAAGAAAGUCACUCCACAGAGCUCUAACAGUGGGAAAACAUUUAGCAUCUGGCGACUAAAUGAUCUUCGUGACCUGACACGGUAUGUGUCAUUGUUCUUAUUUGGAGAAGUUCACAGAGAACUCUGGAAGACUGAACAGGGUACGGUCAUAGGGCUACUCAACGCUAACCCCAUGAAGCCCAAGGAUGGUUCAGAAGAGGUGUGCUUAUCUAUUGAUCAUCCUCAAAAGAUCUUAAUUAUGGGUGAAGCUCUUGACCUGGGAACCUGUAAAGCAAAGAAGAAGAAUGGAGAACCAUGUACACAGACUGUUAAUUUGAAGGACUGCGAGUACUGUCAGUAUCACAUCCAGGCCCAGUAUAAGAAGCUCAGUGCCAAGCGAGCUGACUUGCAGUCCACCUUCUCCGGAGGACGAAUUCCAAAGAAGUUUGCUAGCAAAGGCAUCGGUCUGAGAGAACGGCUGUGUCAGGAUGGUUUUUACUAUGGAGGGGUUUCUUCAGCAUCAUAUGCCGCCUCAGUUGCAGCAGCUGGAGCUCCUAAAAAGAAGAUUCAAACCACUCUGUCUAAUCUGGUUGUGAAGGGCACAGAUUUGAUCAUUCAGGAAACUCAACAAAAACUCGGAAUAGCCCAGAAGAGCUUGUCUUGCUCCGAGGAAUUCAGAGAAUUGAUGGAUUUGCCCACAUUUGGAGCCAGAAACUUGAAACAACAUUUAGCCAAAGCCAAAUCAUCAGGGAUCAUGGGAAGCCCAAAACCUGCUUUCCGGUCUAUCUCGGCAUCAGCCCUCCUGAAGCAACAGAAGCAGCUUAUGUUGGAGAUGAGGAAAAAGAAAUCAGAAGAAAUCGAGAAACGAUUUUUACAAAGCUCAAAUGAGGUCUCGAGCCCAGCUGUGCCAUCGUCUUCUCGACAGCCCCCUCCUCGGUCUCCACCAACAGGGGCUGAGUUCCCCAGGCUGGAAGCAACUCCAUCCACACUGGUGCCCAAGCUGGGGCGAGGCAUCUCAGAAGGAGAUGACGUUCUCUUUUUUGGUGUGUCACCACCUCCAAAACCAAAACUGAGUACGUUAGCAGAAGCCAAAAAGUUAGCUGCUAUAACCAAAUUAAGGGCAAAAGGCCAAAUUCUUUCAAAAACAGACCCAAACAGUAUAAAAAAGAAGAGAAACUACUCCGAAGAUGUCCUGGAAGUGAAGGCACGUGUAGAAAAGAAUAGUACAUUCUCUCCGCAAGAUGAGGAUGAAUUAGAGCCUGCCAGGAAAAAAAGGAGAGAACAGCUUGCCUACCUGGAAUCUGAAGAAUUUCAGAAAAUUCUAAAAGCAAAAUCGAAGCACACAGAGAUCCUAAAGGAGGCUGAGGCUGAGCUGCAAGAACUCUAUUUUGAGCCACUGGUGAAAAAAGAACAAAUGGAAGAAAAGAUGAGAAACAUCAAAGAAGUGAAAUGUCGAGUGGUGACAUGCAAGACGUGUGCCUAUACCCACUUCAAGCCUUUGGAGACCUGCAUCAGUGAGCAACACGACUGCCAUUGGCACGACGGCAUCAAAAGGUUUUUCAAGUGUCCCUGUGGAAACAGAUGCAUCUCCCUGGACAGGCUCCCCAAAAAGCAUUGCAGUAAUUGUGGCCUCUUCAAAUGGGAGCGGGACAGAAUGCUAAAGGAAAAAACAGGUCCAAAAAUAGGAGGAGAAACUCUGUUACCAAGAGGAGAAGAACAUGCCAAAUUCCUGAACAGCCUUAAAUAG